UUACUUUACAAUUCAUAUAACAUUGUUUCCAAAAAGCAACUAAGUUUGAAGGAGGGCAUUGCUGGGUGGACUUGAACCCAGGUCUGCAGGGCUGAUCAGCAGCAGUUUGCUGUGGACCACCCACACCUGCUGGGAUGUGCUUGGAGGUUUCAGUUGACUUUAUGGAUUGCGAUUGAAUAUGUCGUCAUAUUAAUAUCAUACAAAAACCGUUUUCCUGCUGGAGCUGAUGUCAACACACACACACACACACACACACACACACACACACACACACACACACACACACACACACACACACACACACACACACACACACACACACACACAGUAAGCAAGGGGAAAGUUAUAUGUCAGACCUACGCAUUAUCAUACAUGUCUUUAGCACAGAGAGAGAGAGAGAGAGAGAGAGAGAGAGAGAGAGAGAGAGAGAGAGAGAGAGAGAGAGAGAGAGAGAGAGAGAGAGAGAGAGAGAGAGAGAGAGAGAGGCGGGUGAAGUGAUAUCCAAGAGGUUAAGAAAAUAAUGAAAAGCGUUUGUAUUUUCCAGGGCACUCACUUAUAUUAUUUCUGGCUCGGGGUCUCGAAUGAAAUUUCACGAUAAUUGCGAUGACGUCAGUGUCCGUCCUCCCCAACUUCUAAAAACAACAACAAGGCGAUACGGGGUCCAUUCCCCAGUAGAUGUUGGACCAUUUCUCACGGAGUGGAAGAGGCAGCAGAACCCAUCGAAAAGCCACCGAACAAGGAUGCAUCUUCACACUUUAUCGCUUUUCUUCUUCGUCAUCGUCGUCGUCGCCUCCCUGCCCGCCACCGGGACGGCGUUGGCGUCGGUCACCGUGGCGACAGCCCUGCAUGAGUUCCGGGGCUGUGCGGUGAGGGAGUUCUCCUUCGUGGCCCAGAAGCCCGGCUGCAAGGGCCUGAAGAUCACCACCGAGGCCUGCUGGGGGCGCUGCCACACCUGGGAGAAGCCCGUGCCGGACCCCCCCUACAUCCACCGGCACCACCGGGUGUGCACGUACGCCCGCACGCGCCACGCCACCGCCCGCCUGCCCGGUUGCCGUGCCGACGUGUCCCCGCUGUACCACUACCCCGUGGCGCUGCACUGCCACUGCGCCGCCUGCUCCACCGUGGACACCGAGUGCGAAACCUUCUGACCGGCGCCCGGCGCCCCUGGGCGUAGGUGCUCGCCUUCGCCGUGGCGGUUUCUGUCAACAAAGCGAUGUUGUUUGUGUUUUUUUUAUUCUGGGGCACGUGGGGAUCAUUAAUUGAUUUGAAAGGGAGCGUGUGUAUGUGUGUAUGCGUGCGUCUGUGUGGUUGAGAAUGCCCAUUGUGUGUGUGUGUGUGUGUGUGUGUGUGUGUGUGUGUGUGUGUGUGUGUGUGUGUGUGUAUGUGUGUGUGUGAGAAACCGUGUGUGACCUUUGUGAAUUGUACACGUCAAAUCAAUAAAACAUGUUUCUAUUCA